UACCAUACUAGCAAAAUUACGCAAAAAUUAGUUAUAUUUAGCCUGGAAAUCACGAGAUUCGACUUACGCGGAAAUUCGAGAUACGCGGUAUUUUGCGGCCGUUUUAGGUCCCCAUUAACCGUGUAUCUCGGGGACCGCCUGUACUUUGUAUCGUAGACAUGAGACAUCCGGUCUUGUCAGAAAGUUGUAGUUUUCGCUCUCGAAAUCUACUAGCUCCGUUCGACUCAGUAUAUUCCUCGCCUGUUAUUACUUAUCGGAUCCAUGGAACGGUUGAUCCAAACUGAGCACCGCUUUGCUGUACAGUUGAAGAUGCACCCCCGUAAAUGUGAAGUUCAGAGUCUUAAGGGAUAUAAUUUAAUCCAACCAUUCAAACAAUACAUCAGACCCAUCCCGAUCAUAGGAGUUAGUUAAACUAGCGCACAAUAACUCAGCAUGUUGUCGGAAAUCGUUAGUGAUCGAAUGAUGGUAAACACACUUACAUCUUCCAUUGAACCAGUUCUACAGUUUCUAAUUCAAAGGAACACAUGAAUUAACGAGAUGUUCGAUCAUGGACUGAUGUCAUGGACCCACGGCUCCGAAUCGGUUCCGAAAUUGCUACUCCGCCUCCGAUUCCGGCUAUAUUAAACAAACGGCAGACUCCGUACAACUCCGGACGACUCGGACUCCGAACGACUCCGGAUGACUCCGGACGACGCGGCAUGCGGAUUCCGGACGACGCGGCAUGCGGACUCCGGACGACUCCGGACGACUCGGCAUGCCUCCGGACGACUCCAAACGACACCGACUCCGGGCUACUCCGGGCAACUCCGGGCGACUCCGGUCGACUCCGGGCUACUUCGGGCGACUUCGGGCGACUCCGAGCGACUCCGAGCGACUCCGGACGUCUCCGAAGACUCCGAACGACUCUGGGCAACUCCGGGUGGCUCCUGACGACUCCGACGGCUCCGAUAAUUUCGACUCUGGGCUAGUGAUGUGCUCUUUGGAGCGCACCCACGACUCUGGUUAUUGUUCCGAGCCGAUCCGACUCUGGAUAUUGUUAGUCAAGUUUCGACAAAAUUUUAACCACUUGUUCUGCCCGGAGUCGGAGUCGUUCGAAGUUGUCCGGAGUUGUCCAGAGCCGUUCGGAGUCGUCGGAGCCGUCCGGAGUCGUCCGGAGUCGUCCGAAGUCGGAGUCGUUCGGAGUCGUUCGGAGUCGUCUGGAGUCGUCCGAAGGCAUCCCGAGUUGUUCGGAGUCGUUUGCAGUCAACAGGAGUCGUCCGGUGUAAUGUGCUUGUAAUCAAGCAUUUCAUUUUGUUGUUGUUUUUUUGUUUUUCACUUUGCGCGUGCACUUCGUAAACAGGCCUUUGUUUCGAAGGCUGACUUCGGCCGAUUCCAAACGAUACCGGACGACUCCGACCAGCUCCGUACGACUCCUGACGAAUCCGAUUCUGAACGACUACCUUCCGGAGUCGAUUCCGAAAUUAUCGGAGUCGGAUCCGAGUCGACUUCGCAAUUUUUGCCAACUUUACCCAUCACUGCUCCGAACGGCUCCGACGAUUCCGACGGUUCCGCCUGCAGGCUACGAGUUUGGUGUUUUGCACCUACCUUACGGAACUGCUUCCGAUUUAGGCGUAGUCAGUCGGAAGCAAUUUUGGAUUUUUGUUGAAUUUAUCCAUCGCUAUCGCCAAGCUACAGCAUUCAACAGCCAAUUACUGCACCUUACGCCGCAUGCAGUAUCACCCGUCAUCAACGGUUGAAAUGUUCACCUGGACGGAUACGUGACGAUGAUACUGAUGCAAGCGAUGCCAUCCAAAUUUCAAUGUUCGAGUUCAGCGAUGACUUCAAGGAGCACACCUGAGCUAUGAACAACCUGCUCUGCUCUACGGCAAAACACCAAAUAAGUUUGGGAAGCACCCCAAUGGUUACUACGUCAGCUUUGUACACACGCAACUUUGUAACGGAGGACCCGGAGCCGAGCCUCGAAAUGCUGAGGCAGGUGACUUGAAAUAGAAAUUUCCCACAACUGAGACUGUCCAAGUAAUGGAUUAGUUACAUUUCAUCAACGAAACUGCGUAAGCAUAACCGAUUGCCCUCAGAUGCUGGCCAGCUUUAGCAAACAUCGACAUCUGUUAUCGAAACUCGAUUACAUCGCGAGAUACAUAUCUCCUCCACAACGCAUCUUGCGAGAAUGGAAUUGUGAUGCUAAUAAUUGCGCCCAGAUCCCACGGUACAACAUUCCCGUGUGAAUUUCUCAAAACCGAUCGUAAACGAUCAAGCAAAACGUAAGCUAUCGCUUACCUCAUAAUCGAGCCCAGUUGCCAGUUCAGUCCGUCUACACAUCAGCAUGGAACAAGGUGCUCUGGAUUACGAGUACGCUCCAGCAACGGAAGCGGACAGGGCAGAGGUUCGCCAAGCUUUAGCAACCUACUUCUACCCGGAGGAACCACUGACACUCGCCCACCGGGAUGGUCCGUUCGUUACGGAGGACGACAUGGAGAACGCACUGUCCUUCCUGACGCAAGGCACCACCAUUCUAGCCCGUACCGCGGCCAACGGUGAACUGGUUGGUGUUUCCAUCGGUGGUCCUUCAGCGCACGAAAUCUCGGUGCCAAUUACCACCCGAAAGUUAGCCGAUAUUGUUGCGUUUCUGGAGAUGCUCGAUGUUCGGGCGUACGGGUUUGCGCGUUCGAGUUCAGCGUACCACGUGUACGCACUAGCCGUCCAUCCUGCUCACCGGGCCCACUCGAUCGGACGGCGUUUGAUGGAGGAACAGAUCGCGUUGGUUCGUGCCCGGUGGCCAGCGUUUGCUGCCGUGACGGUAGAAACAACUGGUCCCGGUUCGGGUCGGCUUAUGGGCCGUAUCGGGAUGCGUGAAACCGGACGGCUUAGCUUCGCGGACUACCGGGAUGCGGCGGGUGAUCAAGUGUUCCUUGGAGCAGGGGAAGUGGUUGCCUGGGAGAUGAAACUUUGAAAAUAAAAAACAAAACCGUUACAAGCACGUGGGUUAGGAUGUGUUUUGGAAUAAGUGGUUAGUGUGAUGAACAUUUUAAAAAAUCUAUUGUUCUAUUAAUUACUUUAAUUAAACAGUGAAGAAAAUCGCGCAGGUUUUUGUUUUAAUACUCUUUAUUAUUUCCACUUCUGUUUCACAUUCACAUUCUACACCGUUCUCUUUUGCGCCGUUGCGCCCUAUUUGCUGCUUCCCUUCGUCCCUUCGGCGCCUCUGUGUGUAUCACUCAAACAUGUAUUAGUGUCCCGUAAAUCUAAACAUAUGACCAACAGACCACGCACCUCCAGCCUAAUCCCGUUGUUUUUGCUGUGUAUUAUUCCAAGAGAAAGGUGUGUUAAUGUUGAAUGUUUCUUUCCUCCCCCGUUUGCUUGGGUAGAGUGACAUCGAGGUGUGUUUAUACUGUAGAUAUCUCGCGAUUUUACACAUUCUUCUCCACGCAACACGACGUUGCCUUCAAAGAUUAGUGUGUGUGUGUGCUUUCCAAUUUGAUUAAAAAUACACUUCCAACAAGACACCAUUUUCCUUGCUACCGUAUACACUCUUCUGCUCUAGCGUUUUGAUUUACCCCACCUGUUCGCUCUCUCUCUCUCGUUUCUUUUUUUGUUAAAUGUUGAUGAAAAUGAUUCACAAAACAAAACUCCUAACUCCGAACUACACAUUCUGCAUGAAACUCGAAUGGCAAAUGUAACAUACUGGAAAUACAAUCUACAGUGAUCAAAAUACCGCGACAGCGACAUGGUGUAGAUGAUUUUUGUUUUAUUAAUCGAAGAAGGGCGUUCCUUUCUUUUCAAUACGUCCCGGGCUACGGGGAUGAAAGUACGGGUGUUUUGAAAAUUUGCCUAGUGCACACUACACAACUUCCGCCCAAACGGGAUUUUAGCGCGAACGAACGAGAGAAGAGGAAAGGGAGAAAUCUAACAAGAGGCUGACUCUACAAGUAAAUUUGGCUCGAAUGGGAUUUGAAGAGAGUUCUAGUAAUUAAUUUACCAUUUAAUUUCUCGGCACCCAGGACACUAAGCAGUCUACGGAGCUACUAAACGCUCACUUUCUCUCAUUCUCUCUCUCUCUCUCGCUUUCCCUCUGUCGGUACUGUUCUAGUAGUCUACGCUAGUGCAACAAGGACGUGGAUGAUCUCUCAACAAACUACUAGAAAGAAUUUUGAACUGUGGUAUUGAUCGGAGAAAACGAUAACUCAUCCGUACUAUAUCGAUCACUAUCCGCACUCAAGCCGGCAUGCACUAAGCUGCACAUUACACUAUGCUUCGCUAGUGUUGAGUUCAUGUUAGCAUUUUGAGGUUUUGAGUAAGAAGAUGGGACAAAUCGUGGACAAAUCUUCUACGGUUGCUGUCGACUACUGUUUGUUGACUUUACUACAAUAAAACCUCACAUUUUGAGUUUUGUUUUUGUUGGGAUUUUUAAUAAACAUGCCGGUAAAAUGUGUUAUCUUGCGUUACUGUUGUAAGUGUAUUACUAUGUGGGACGAUAGACAAAACAAAGGGCCAGCCUUGUGGAAUUUCUAAUUUCGUCCUAUGCCGCAGCAGUAGUGCGCACACACCAGUGCAUGUUAGUUGCUUAGUGAGGGGACUUUUACUUUACAUGUAAUAGUUAGAAAGUAAGAAAAAAGCAGCAUUUAUAUGUAACUGGGACUACCCGGUUUGCGUACAAAAA